GUGGCAACCGGGCUCCGCGAUGACCAAUAUUAAAACAAAACCGACGGGCGAUUUCUCUGUAUGUCACCGAAUGUCGAGCAGCGGUGAGAAUCUGAGAGGAUCUCCGCCAGAUGUCGUUUAACCUGCGGCGCUUUAGCCUCCUCGCAGUGGAUGUACAUCGUACAUUUCAGUUCCCGAAAAGAGAGAGGACGAACACAGCGAAGCAAGAAUGAGGAGCCUCCCUGUCCUGUUGCCUCUCAUCUGGGUCUGCUCAGUGUUCUAUGUAGGUAUCUUCUUGUUCGUUGGAGGCUUUUUAUUAGUCAGACUGGAGGUCAACAGAACCAGCACCUGUGCAGACAUAUUAUCUCCGGGAGCCCAGGUGAAGGGGGAUUUCUGCCUGAGCGAGCCACGCUUUCGUAGGGCAGUGGUCUUAAUCAUCGACGCACUCAAAGCUGACUUCACCCGCUAUGAUCCAGAGAACACAGCACCCAAACCGUUUGAGAAUAAGCUGCCCGUGUUAGAUGAAAUGGGAUCGUUGCACCCGUCUCAUGCGAGACUUUACACCUUUCGGGCCGAUCCCCCAACCACCACCAUGCAGAGGAUCAAGGGCUUUACAACAGGUUCUCUGCCAACAUUCAUUGACGUCGGGAACAAUUUUGCCUCCAAUGCCAUCCUGGAAGAUAAUCUGGUGCACCAGUUGGGCCAAGUGGGCAAAAGAGUUGUGUUCAUGGGGGAUGAUACGUGGGUGAGUCUGUUCCCAAAGAAGUUCCACAGAUCUCUGCCUUUCCCCUCCUUCAAUGUGAAAGACCUGCACACCGUUGACAACGGCAUUCUCCAAAACAUCUAUCCUACCAUGGAGGGGGAGGAUUGGGAUGUGUUGAUCGCUCACUUCCUGGGUGUGGAUCACUGCGGGCACAGGUUUGGCCCUGAUCACCCUGCGAUGGCUGAGAAACUCUCACAGAUGGAUGGAGUUAUCAGGUCGGUUAUAAAGCGUCUGAAGAACGACACAUUGUUGGUGGUGAUGGGAGAUCAUGGAAUGACAGACACUGGGGAUCAUGGGGGAGAAAGCCAGAAAGAGACGGACGCUGCCCUGUUUCUAUACAGUUCCUCACCUUUAUUUUCAGCUCCAGGAUCUCAGAUGGAGCCCGAGGUAGUUCCUCAGACGGAUUUAGUACCCACGCUAGCAUUGCUUUUGGGAGUUCCCAUUCCUUACAGCAGCGUGGGCCAGGUUCUUCUGCCGCUGUUUCCUCAGAACGGCUCCCGUAGUGCACCUACAGGUCUCAGCCAGGCGGAGGCACUGUGGAUUAACGUCAAACAGGUAAACCGGUUCCUGGAGACCUACUCCAACAUGGCCAAAGACAUCCCACCAGACAGUCUGUCCCGGCUGCGAGCUGACUUCUCCAACAUUUCCUCUCAGUACUUAGUUGCUGUCCACGAGGGUCGUCUCCCGUCUCCCGAUCUAGUCGUCUCCAUGCAGAACUAUUUGACAGCUGUUCGAGAGACCUGUCGGGCAUCUUGGGCCCGUUUCAACCCUUUCAAGAUGGCUGCGGGACUGUUAAUCUUGGGUCUUGCCUGUUUGAUGUGCUGUGUCAUUUCCGAAUUGUCUCAUUUAGUAAUUCAGGAAGGCUUUCUAAAGUUGCCCAUUUUCUCAGGGUUGGUGGUGGGAAUGGCAGUAGCUGGAGUCCAACUGUUCUCGAAAGGGUAUUUGGAGCUUUCGUGGUGUCUGGCAGGUGCAGCGCUUUCGUCAGAAGUUGUGUUUUUGUGGAGGACUCGUAGAGUUUCUCCAAAAGAUAGGUGGGGUCCUUCUCGCCUCCUCACGCCGGCCCUGAUGGUGCUUUUCUUUCGCUGUGCUUCGCUGCUUUCGGACAGUUACGUCAUCUAUGAAGGACACGUUGUCACCUUUUUGCUCUUGACGUUGAGCGUGUAUGUUCCACUUAGACUCAACUGGGACGGACUCUUGGUGCCACUUCCUCCACCGGAUACCCAGAAGCCACCUUUGCUACGCCAAGCGGCAUUGCCGUCUUCCGUUGUUAGACGGGAGGCCACCGUCUUGAUGGUGUGGUUGGGGGUGUUGGUCGGGUCACUCUACGUUUCCCUCUCCUUCCACAAUUGCCGGGAAGAGCAGGGAAGCUGCCAACCCUCCCCGUUCCUCUCCCCACUAUCUCGCGUGCAGGACAGCCAACUGCGUAACCUUCACUACGUGCUCUCGGUGGCCUCGUUGGCCACAUGGGUGUACCUUCUGCACCGUUGGCUUAGACACUAUGGCAACCUUAACUGUUCCACCGGGAGUGUGAUUUCAGCAUGCUUCAUCUUACCCUUGGCUUGCGUUGGCAUGGGGCUGCACUGGGCAGUAAGCGCCACCCCAGAGGACACCUUCAGGAACCUGUCCGAACUCAUUGCUCUCGCCCAUGUUUUCCUACCACGGGCUAUCUACUGCCUGUUGGGUAUAGGUUUGCUACUGUUGUGGAUGGACCCCAUGACGGUGUUCAUCAAGUCACGGACCCCAGUGAACUCUCGUGGAACAUCCCUCCCACCCCUAAGGUACAGAGCAAGCACUGGUAUUAGUCCACAGGCUGAGCUGCAUCAUCUUAUACCGCAGCUGUACCAGCGGAUCCGGCACUCGCUUGAAGAUGGAGGCGUCGAGGCUGGCGAAGCAGACGGCAGGCCAGCCGUGGAGGCAUACGGGUUGGGUACGGUGUUCUCUGCCCCCCUCGUGCUGUUUUGCGGACUUCUGGGGCUGGUUUUGCUGCUGCUUCAUCCUGAAGGAAUGGCUCUGGCGUUCUUGCUUCUACUUCUGGAAGCUGGAGCGGUGUUGCACAUCCAUGCCUGUAGCACCAACCUAUCCAGUCUCUCCAUACACUCAAGUGGUUACAGUGUGCCAUGGGCUUCUGUGGUUUCAUGGUCUCUGGCAGCUGCCCAGUUUUUCCAUGCAACAGGACAUCUCCCAACCUUCCCCUCCAUUCAAUGGGGUGCUGCGUUUGUGGGAUUUCCUCAAGGUCACACGGGCACUGUGCUUCCUGCCUCACUAGUGAUCCUUAACACCUUCUCUUCUCACAUUCUCUUUGCAGUUGGCUGUCCUCUGCUGCUGUUUUGGCCUCUGGUGUGCGAGGUGCGUGGGACACGUUCUGCACGCUCGGUGGGAGGUGAGGAGAGCGGGGAUGCUGUAAUGGAGAUGAGAUUGAGAGAAAACCCUCAGAAGUUUAGCUCGGCCCUCCUGCAGCUCACUGCACGCUACCUCUUUGUGAAUGGAGCACAGGUCUUUGCGUCGGUUUGCGCAGCAGCCAUUCUCAGGAGACACCUUAUGGUCUGGAAAGUAUUUGCACCUAAACUAAUGUUCGAGGCAUCUGGCUUCAUUGUGAGCAGUGUGUUUGUGAUGCUUGGGCUCAUCAUGGUGAUGAGGGUGGACAUAGCAGUGGGGCGCCUGUUUAAGAAACUCCUCCCACAAAACUCGAGGUUACAACCCACACCCCAGGUGUUGGCAGAGAUGUUGCAACAGCUACUGAGCAGCAGACUUGUUCUAAUGGGAUUGUGGCACCGCACCACGUCCGGUGUAGACACAGUGUGACACAAAAAAACGUGUCAUGGGUUGUGUGUCUCCAUGACUUACCUCGGAUAUGGGUUUAAUGUGCAGUGCAAAAAAAAUCUGUCUGAAUAUCAGCUACUAAAAGAAUGAGUAGAUACUAAUAGUUAUCCUAAAUUACUCUUCGCAUUUACUGUUCGAGAAUGUACAUUUGUUUCUUACUAUACUAUUAAUGAUCAAAUUUACAUAAAAAUGUAUCAAGAUGAAGCACAGAAAUCCUGCCUGUAACGCUAUUACAUUUUUACAUAUCUGUAAUUUUGAUUGUUACAACAUUCGA